UUGAAACAUUAGAGGCGGAGCAGAGACACGCUGAGACAGAUUCUUUUCUUCACGGAGCAGCACCAGAGGACCCAUCAUGUCCUCCAGGCCCAAUGGGAGUCCACCUCCCUACGAGUCAGAUACUGGAUAUAAUGUCGCUCCCCAGCCGGCCUACUCCUACUACCCGGAUGACGAGUUCCAGCAUUUUUACCGCUGGGUGUCUCCGCCGGGCAUCCUCAAGAUCAUGUCCAUCAUCUGCAUCGUGAUGUGCGUCGCCAUCUUCGCCUGCGUCGCCUCCACGCUGGCCUGGGACUCUCAGGGAGCCAUGGGUGGCUUCGGGGGCGGUGGCUUCGGGGGAGGCGGUGGCUUCGGGGGAGGCGGCGGCUUCGGGGGAGGCGGCGGCUUCGGGGGCGGCAGCUACGGAGGUGGCUAUGGUAGCGGCGGCGCGUACGGAGCCGGAAACGGCUACGGCUACGGCGGGCUCGGAGGGAACUACAACGACCCCCGAAAGGGCAAAGGCUUCAUCAUUGCCAUAGCGGCCAUCACGUUCAUUGCCUGCCUGGUCAUCUUCAUCAUCGUCGUGUCCCACCAGAGCCUGUCGGAGAGCCGGAGGUUCUACUUGGCGGUCGUGAUCAUCUGCGCCAUCCUAGCGCUGCUAAUGCUAAUAGCCGCCAUAGUGUACUUGGUGGCGGUGAACCCCACGGCGCAGUCGUCCGGGUCGGCGUACGGAAGCCAGAUUGCCGGUCUGUGCGCUCAGUACCAACAACCGCAGACUUCGGGGGUCUUCGUUAACCAGUACCUUUACCACUACUGCGUCGUGGAGCCACAGGAGGCCAUCGCGGUGGUGUUCGGCUUCCUGGUCGCCGUCGCUCUCAUCAUCAUGCUCGUCUUCGCUCUGAAGACUCGCCAGAAAAUCAGAAACUUCGGCAAAAGCAACAUCUUGUGGAAGAAGGUGAAGGUCAUCGGCGAGAUGGAUCCGCCUCAAGAUGUGGAGGCGUGGGUGAACAACGUGUCCGUUGGCCCUGAAGUGCUCCCGAUGUCGGACUUCCCCGAGAAGCUGAGGAGCUCCAGGAGUCACCUGGACGACGAGAGCACCAACUACGACAAACCUCCGUACGGCUACACGCCUCCGUGAGUGUUGAUGUGUGAUGUGUAGCCAGCGCUCUGCAGACGGAGAGCUCAGCGUUAUGGAUGUUUGCUGCACGGACAAAGGAAACGUGGAGAGUCGGAGGUUCUUUGUGAAUGCCACUUUGCCGCGACGAGAAUAAAAGAUCCGUCCGUUUCCUCAUCACCGUAAAACCGUGACUUUAAUAUUUUGAUCAUUUAUUAAUUAUUUAAGUAAUUUUUCAAGCAGAAAGGCCAAACAUUUACUGCUUACAGCUACUGAAAUAUGAGGAUUUAAUGCUUUUAACAUUGUAAAGUAAACAUCUUUGAGUUUUGGACAAAAACUGGCCUUUUACAGUAAAAUGUGUUUUGUGAUUUUGAAUAAACCAAACAAAUAACCAAUUAAAACAAAGGUGACGUCUGAUAGACUGUAGUUAAGAAGU